UUUUUUUUUUUUUAAUUAUAAAAAAUAAUUCAAACUUUGAAAGUCAUUAUGAAAUUAUUUAAUGACGAAAAAAGAAAAAGUAUGGAUUAUCCUACGACAUAUCGUCAUGAAAUUCUGUUGCAGAAAUUAUUUUUUCUAUGGUUGUGACAUCCUUUAAAAAAUAUGCGAAAGUUUAUGUUUUCGAGAAGAAAUUUUAUUUUUGUGGACCUUUACAUGAGAUCAGAUAAUGAUUUUUGGUGUUUUAAUAAUUUUUCCAGAUGAAAAAUUAACAAAAUAAAAAUCAUGUGUAAAAUUGGUAAUUCCGCCCAAUUUCCGCGCGGCGCUAGUGUUUGUGAAAGAAACCUUUUAAAUGUUUUUUUCUGCUAUAACAUUUGCUUUCUUCUCGUCAAUUUUAUCAAUUAAUAUUGUAUUUUUAUUUAUCUAUUUUGGGCAAAUAAUGCUAUUUAUGGAAGAAAUAUUGCUUUUAAAUUGGUGUAAGUGAUUGAGCAAAUCAGUAUUUAUAGAAUUCAAUGUUCAAUUUCGGUCCAAUAAAUGUGAAAAUUUUCGAGAAAUAGUGCGAAUGAGUGCGAGUGAAAUAUUCGUAUUUUGUCUAUGCGAGUGGCCCACUCGCAAAAAUUGACGAUUUGACUGCCACUUUUUGUCAUUUUUUUUCUGUGUGUACAGGUGAUGUCAAAUUGAAAACAAAAAUAAAGGGGAAAAUCUUGUGAAAAAAGAGGGUUUUCGUGGAUUUUUCAGAAGAAUCCAGUGAGAAUGGCAUCAUUUCUUCGAAGCCUGACCCCAUCCCUUAGGAAUGGGCUGAAGAGCAUCAGUGGUGGUUCCCGGACGAUUUGCACGACUUCCGGACUUAGUAGUGCCAAGGAGGGGGCUCCGAAGGAAGAAACCCGGCCCACAGUGCGGAAGCAGGAUGCCGUUCAACGGGAAAAUCUCACGGAUUUUGGGAAAUACGUCGCUGAGUGCUUACCGAAGUUUGUUCAGCGCGUUCAGCUGACAGCUGGGAAUGAGCUGGAAGUUCUCGUGAGCCCCGAAGGUGUCAUCCCGGUGCUGCAAUUCCUCAAGGAUCACCACAAUGCGCAAUUCACCAAUAUCACCGACAUUGCUGGGAUGGAUGUUCCAUGCAGGAAGUAUCGCUUUGAGGUCAUCUACAAUCUCCUCUCCUUGCGCUACAACUCCAGGAUUCGCGUGAAAACCUACACGGAUGAGCUGACACCCAUUGAUUCCUCGUGUGAGGUCUUCAAGGGUUCCAAUUGGUACGAAAGGGAAGUCUGGGACAUGUACGGGGUGUUCUUUGCCAAUCAUCCCGAUUUGCGGCGCAUACUGACGGAUUAUGGCUUCGAGGGGCAUCCCCAGAGACGUGAUUUCCCCCUCUCGGGUUACGUUGAGGUGCGCUAUGAUGAUGAGAAGAAGCGUGUUGUGGUGGAACCACUGGAGCUGGCACAGGAGUUCCGGCGCUUUGAUCUUUCAGCCCCAUGGGAGCAAUUCCCCAACUUCCGGAAGGCUAAUCCAGCUACAGAGCAAAUUGAGACGUCCCAGGAGAAGAAAUAGAUUGUUCUAUUGUGAAAAUUUCUAGUGAAAUAAACGAUGAAUUUAGGCGAGAAAA